GCACUGAAUCAUGCAAUUCUCUGGAACAUCUGGACAACUAUGUGACUCCUAACCGUAGCAUACAUUAGGCCCUUAGCUGAUGUUCCACGUGAUAAUUUCAAGUGUUAAGUGCAUGUAGAAUACCAGGUACAUAUCCAUACUGUAAAUAAACCAAUCAAACUUCACCUAAAUCCGCGCCGUAAGAGUGGAUAGGCCAGUUUGGCUUGAAUGGUAAGUGGUGAGAGGGGUUGUGCUGUGGGGUAGGAAAUAUAUCGGGAUUGACAGCAUGGACGUUUUGUCAUGGUAGGUUGAGGAGGAUCGCAAUCCGAACGGAGCGGAGAAGAGGGGGUUAUCUGCUGUGUAAAUACCAUUGCCUCGGCCUUGGACAAACCCGAAGAAACAUAUGAGAGUUCAGUAAGGUUAGGUACCUAGUUAACAGACAAGUCCCUGGCUUUCCUGAGGACGUAUUUAAGCCGAAUUCUGCGGGAACAAUGUUAUUAGACGCUGCCGAGUUAGCAAAACAUAAUACAGCAUCUUCGUGCUGGAUCGUGGUCGACGGCAAGGUCUACGAUGUAACGCCGUACUUAGAACACCACCCAGGGGGAGCAGCUAUCUUAGUAAAGCAAGGAGGGACGGAUGCCACGGCCGAAUUCCGAACAAUCCAUUCUCCGGAUGUGUUAGAAUAUCUACCUAAGGGGAGCUAUCUUGGGGAGGUAACCCCCGAGGCUCUGAAGUCCCUAACAGCAAGACUGUCAUCGAGCACGCCAGCGACGAAUUCAGUCUUGCCACCAUCUCCGUCCCCUUCUCCGCCACCAAUUUCAACGUUAUCAUCACCCGACGCUAACGGACCUCCACACAUCGCGCACUGCGUGGCGGUGUCGGACUUCGAGCCAGUAGCCAAGGCCGUAGUCCCACGAAACGUGUUUUCGUAUAUAUCGAGCUCCGCCAACUCCGGCCUCUCGCUGCAAGGCAACUUGUCGUCUUGGUCGAGCAUCAAGUUCCGCCCCCGAAUCCUCCGCGACGUUGAGCGCGUGUCUGCGAAGUCGGCCAUCUUCGGCCACGCGACGCCUUUCCCCUUUUACGUGUCCGCCAUGGGCAUGCUCGGUCGCGGCCACCCGAAUGCCGAGGCCGAGCUCGUGCGCGGCCUGGCGCGUCGCGGCGCCCACGCCAUGAUCAGCAGCGAGUCUUCCUUGCCCAUGGAGGACAUCGCCGCGGCGCUGAGCGACGAGCAGCGGAAACUCGCUUCAGGCCAGGGCGCGGGGGAAAAGCAGGUGGACGAGUUUCCCCCCUCGCAGCUCCACUUCCAGCUUUACGUGCACGCGGACCAUUCCGUCACGUUAUCCCGCAUCAGGCGAGCCAAGGCCGCCGGCUUCAGGAGCAUCUGGGUCACGGUUGACACGGCAUGCUUAGGGAAACGCACGGCGGACCGGCGGGUGAAAGCAGCAGAGGCACUUGAGGUGGGGCUUGGAGACGCGGCGGAGCAAGCUGGAGUUGGGAGGAACACCGGGUUCUAUCCGUCAAGGGCCCAUUUCAAGCCGUCGCUGUCGUGGGAAGACCUCGUAUGGAUCAAGAAGGAGUGGGGUGGGCCGCUCGUGCUUAAAGGCGUACAGUGCGCCGAAGACGCGAAGUUGGCGCUGGAGCACGGGUGCGAGGGUAUCCUGUUAAGCAAUCACGGCGGCAGGCAGGCACAUACGGCGCCUGACGCAUUGACCACGCUCCUCGAAAUCCGGACGUAUUGCCCGGAGGUUUUGGGGAAACUUGACAUCUUUGUUGAUGGCGGGUUGCGCGAUGGCGCUGAUGUGCUCAAGGCCAUAUGUCUAGGCGCUACGGCCGUAGGUGUAGGCCGUCCCUUUUUCUACGCGCUAGCGGCGUAUGGUUCGAAAGGGGUAGAAAGAUGUAUCGACAUUCUCUCCGAAGAGUUGGCUACAGGUAUGAGGCUUACUGGAAUUGCAUCUCUAGAUGAGGCGCAGCCUGAUAGGGUCAAUGCUAGUCGUCUACUUAACGAGAUGUGGCAUCCCGAGAAGAGUCGUCUAUAAAAGCCUAUGUACCUGUAUAUUCAUAUCUACCAAUUUGAUUGGUUACGACACCAUAAGUACCUGAUAUUGAUAUAUCGACAAUCUAAGUACCUGAUGUACCUGAACAUCUUACUUACCAGACAUUUGCUUGUAUGCGUGGCGUAAGCGGGGUUAGAGCGUUGACAUAUACCACAAAAGUCUCUCUAUUGAAGCAAAAAUAAGUAUGCCUCUAAUUCACCCUUUCAUUGCUACCUAGGCAUAGCAAUCUUUUGAAAAGUCCUGCCAGCUGCCACGGAAGCCCAUC